GUGAGAGCUCCAUCCCAUUCCGGAAUGUUCCUUUAAGUGAAGUGCAAGAGCGGAGGAGGAGGAGGAGCCGGGCUUCCUCACACUACGUGUGAGUGUGUGUGUGUGUGUGUGUCCUCAGUUGGACUGGCGGGACGAAGCGCUGCGCGUGGAAAUGAAAGACGCUGCAGGUUGCCGAGCGGCCGCACACGAGCUGGACUUUUGCUCGUCCUCCUCCUCGGCGCUCUUCCUCACAAGAUCAUGCUUCCUCCUCCCGCCACACUCUGCCACCUCCUCCUCCCCCUGCUCUGCCGUGCACCUUCGCCUCAGCUGAGUGACAGACAGAGGCCGCACCAGAUUUGAAAGCACGCCGUUUUUGGGUUAUUUUUUGGGUGCAGAACAUCUCCUCCUGCCUUUGGCGCGCCUCUUGGUGGAUUACCUCGGAGUGGAGUCAACAUGCCGUUGCCGUUUGUGCUGCUGCUGCUGCUGAGCGUGGCUGUGUUGUCAGGUGCAGGCGCAGCGCCGGAGGCAAUGUCGCGAGCGGGCGUGGCCCCGCGCUGCGAGAGCCGCGCCUGCAACCCCCGCAUGGGCAACCUGGCGCUGGGCCGCCGCGUCCUGACCCAGAGCGCGUGCGGCAACAACGGCACCGAGCCGUACUGCGCCUACGCCGAGCCGGGCCUGGCGUGCGGCCCCGCCAAGUGCGGCAAGUGCAACGCCGCCCUGCCCCACCUGUCGCACUUGGCGGGCGCCAUGUCCGACUCGUCCUUCCGCCACCCCGACACCUGGUGGCAGUCGGCGGAGGGCGCCGACUCGGAGACGCUGCAACUGGACCUGGAGGCCGAGUUCUACUUCACGCACCUCAUCGCCGUCUUCCGCUCGCCGCGGCCCGCCGCCAUGACGCUGGAGCGCUCGCAGGACUUUGGCCGCACGUGGCGCACUCUGCAGUACUACGCCCGCAACUGCAGCGCCGCUUUCGGCGUCCCGGAGGGCAAGGCGGUCACGUCCGGCGGAGGGGACGGCGCCACCUGCACGUCCAAGUACUCCGGGGCCUACCCGUGCACCCGAGGAGAGGUGAUCUACCGGACGCUCCCCAAGUGGGAGUCUCUGGACCCGUUCGGCCCGGAGGGCCAGCAGCAGCUGCGGGUGACCAACGUGCGCAUCCGGCUGCUGGAGCGCCAGCCGUGCCCGUGCCAGGCCAAAGACGCCGCUGAGCCGAGCAAGACUCCGCCCUCACGCCACUUCGCCAUCUACGACCUGAUGGUCAAGGGCAGCUGCUUCUGCAACGGGCACGCCGAGCAGUGCGUGCCCGCGCCGGGCUACCAGCCCGUCCGGGAUCGGACCAACCACGUGGUGCACGGCAAGUGCGUGUGUCGACACAACACGGCCGGCGACCACUGCGAGCGCUGCGCCGCGCUCUACAACGACCGACCCUGGCAGCCCGCCGACGGCCUGACGGGGGCGCCGCACGAGUGUCGCAAGUGCAAGUGUAACGGCCACGCUCACAGCUGCCAUUUUGAUUGGUCGGCGUGGCGGGACUCGGGCCAGCGCAGCGGCGGCGUGUGCGACUGUCUGCACAACACCGAGGGGCGCCAGUGUCAGAACUGCAGGGCCGGUUUCUUCCGGGACCCCGGACGCCCCCACGCGGCCCCUGACUCUUGCAAGCCGUGCAGCUGUCACCCUGUGGGCUCGGCGCCGUGCGACCCGACCAGCGGCGAGUGCGUGUGCAAGCCCGGCGUGGGCGGCGCCCACUGCGACAGGUGCCUGCCGGGCUACUGGGGCUUCCACCCGUACGGCUGCCGGCCGUGCGACUGCGCCGGGGACUGCGACCCCUUGACGGGCGACUGCGUGCUGGGGUCGGACUUGUACAACUUGGAGGGAAACUCCAGCGAGCCCGUGAGGAUCUUCAGAGUGGACGAGCUCUUCUCUGCCCUCCACUACUCGGAGAAGUGCGAGUGCAAAGAGCAGCCGCUGACCAACAGCAAACUGUUCUGCACCAUGAACUACGCCUACGUUCUGAAGGCGAAGGUGCUGUCGGCCCACGACAAGGGCUCGCACGCCGAGGUGGAGGUGAAGGUCCAGAAGGUGCUGAGUCAGAAGGUGAAGCUCCAGCGAGGCCGCGUCACGCUCUACCCCGAGUCGUGGACGGCCAGAGGCUGCACCUGCCCCAUCCUCAACCCAGGUGUGGAGUACCUGGUGGCGGGUCACGCCGACCGUAAGCGGGGCCACCUGCUGGUCAACAUGAAGAGCUUCGUCAAGCCCUGGACGGCUACUUUGGGCCGCAAAGUGCUGGCGCUGCUCAAGAAGGACUGCAACUGGUAGACGAGACACACGCCGCAGACGUUUUCCCCCGGAGACGACCUCCGCGCCCGGAUUAUUCAAACUCGGAUUAUCGUUUUGACCUCGUUACCUGGAUUGAUGAUGGAGGGGGAGGAAAAAAAAAAAAAACUCUCCGCGCACUUUAACCAGCAAGAUGGACUGGAACGGAACACGGACGCUCAAAGAUGCAUGCACACAUUCGAGUGUGUCGAGUGAGAGAGAAGAAGCCAUAAAAGCCACGACAGGUGGUUGAGUCCUUGCCAGUCAGUCGUUGCAGGUGCGCGCCGCCGCCCGUGCGGAAAUGGCGCCCGCUCGCCCCCCCCCAAACGUGAAUGUAUAAGCCCGAAUGCCAAUCGAACGAGGACGUUUAAGCACGAGCCCGAUCUUCCUUUCUUUGUACAGUGUUAUUUGUGUAUCGAUUAUUGUUCCUGUCACGUGACGGCAAUUAUUUUCAGCUUUAUGAUAGUUUUUGCCUGUAUGCUUUUUGUAGCAUCCCGUCACCACGGAAACGCGCGCUGUUUGCCACCGCCGAUGGCUUUUUCAAUGCAACGAUAAUACAAUUAUCAACGCA